AUGACCGUGCCGUACAGGUCGCCGAAUGGCGUUAAGGAGAACGCGGCUGCUCUCGCGCACUUGAACGCGCUGCGCAAGCGCAUGGCGGGCCCCGAGGCGCCAGUGGCAACAGCAGCGCAGCAUCGCCAUCCCCUCGAGCCCGCGGCGAACACGUCGCGCGGAGCCGUCGCGGCAGCAGCAGCGCUGCGUCUGCCUCUCGAUCCGCCCGUGCAUAGCGGCGACCAGAGUGCGCCGGCGCCCCCGUGCGAAGACAAUCCCGCCGCUCCAGCUUUCGCAACUGCCCCCGACGACGAUGGCGGUGACACUGCGGCGCGCACGGCGGGAAUUAGAAGUCGCGGGGAUGAGGGGAAAACGCGCGGGGCAGAGGAGGGCACGCGGGAGCGCUGCGAAGGCAACGAGGGGGAUGCGCUUGGAUGCGCGCGGAACGCGCGAGAUGGGGAACGCGCGGCCCUUGAGCCGCAGGAGGCGAGAGCGGAAGGCCGACGGUGGAGUUUGGACGACUUCGAGAGCGGGCGCACGGUGGCGCUGAAGGCGGUGAGCAAGCGCGAGGUGCGCGAGGAGGGGCUGGAGGAGCAGCUGCGGCGCGAGAUCGAGAUCCACGCGCACCUGCGCCACCCGCACGUGCUGCGCCUCUACGGCUACUUCUACGACCAGGCGUUCGUGUACCUGGUGCUGGAGCUGGCGACGGGCGGGGAGCUGUACCGCCAGCUGCGCACGCGCACCAGACUGCAGGAAGGGCAGGCCGCCAGGGGCGAGGUGAAGCUGGCGGACUUUGGGUGGUCCACGCGGGCCAGCGACAGCACCACGUGCACCACCGUGUGCGGCACUCUUGACUACCUUCCUCCUGAAAUGGUGGAGGGGGAGCAGCACGGGAGGGAGGUGGAUGUGUGGGCGCUGGGUGUGCUGCUGUACGAGCUGCUCGUGGGCUGCCCACCCUUUGAGGCCCCCACACAGACCGACACGUACAGGGGCAUAGUGGAGGUGGAUGUGCACUUCCCCCUGCACGUGCGUGUGUCCCAGCCCGCCAAGGACCUCAUUCGCCGCCUGCUCGUGCGCCAGCCCUCACAGCGCCUGCCCCUCGCCACCCUGCUGCAGCACCCCUGGGGGAGGGAGGAGCAGCAGCAGGAGGAAUGUGCUGUGAUGGCUGUUGGUUUAACUGAGUGCUGUUGGUGA